AUGCCGAUGAGGUCGUUUAACGCGACGCUUGGUGUGCGGUGGAACGGGUCUGAAGCGUGGGCCCCAGGGUCCGCGGGCGCUGCGGGCGUCGGCGCUGGACUGGACGUGUUCCACCGCGCUGACGUGGUGGUCAUCGCGCUGUAUGCUGCGGUCCUCACCACAUCACUAGCGGCCAACACGCUACUCAUUUUCAUUGUCGUCAAGUUCCAGUAUAUGAGGAGUGUCACGAAUAUCUUCCUGGUUAACCUGUCAGCGGCAGACCUGUUGGUGACUCUGUUCUGCAUGCCGGUGCAAAUAGCCAAGGCCGUCACACUUCUCUGGCACUUCGGGGAAGUCAUGUGCAAGACUGUCAACUUUCUUCAAGGCGUGGCGGUGGCUUCCAGCGUGUUCACGAUCACGGCGAUGUCUGUGGACCGAUAUCUGGCCAUCACGCAGUCACUGCGUCAGCCGUGGAUGCCUUCAAGGCGCGGCGCCUGUCUUCUGCUCGCUGUGCUGUGGCUUGUCGCCUUCGCUAUCUUCGCCCCUCUACUGGUCGUCGCCUCAGUCGAGAGGGAAGUCGUGCCCUUACUGUCCACAAAUGAAAAUGGGUCUGUUUGGGUGGAGAGCAGUAUUGAGUUCUGUACAGAAAAGUGGCCAAACUCUAUAAACAAAGAGCUGUUCGGAGCGUUCAGUUUUAUACUUGUCUAUGCGGUGCCAGGUUCGAUCGUAGUGGUGUCGUAUUCGCUGAUGGGCCGACGACUGUGCUCAGUGCUGCCACCUUUCGACCAAACGGAGGGUAGCGCCAACAGUCAACAGCGUAUACGGCUGGUGCGCGAGAGAAAGAGAGUUGCGUGGAUUCUGCUGCUGCUGGCCGUACUGUUCGCGCUAUGCUGGCUGCCCUAUAAUAUUCUACAACUGCUUAUAGAUGUCAACGCAGUACAAGUGGACUCCGGAGCUUUGUUUCUACCGUACACUUUACUUCUUGGGCAUGCGAAUUCAGCCAUCAACCCGAUAGUGUACUGUCUGAUGACGCGUAACUUCCGGCGCUCGUUGCGCAAGCUGCUCUGCCAAGACCCCGGUAACAUACACUCUAGUACUCAUUUCCACAUGCAAGGCUUACGUCAAAAGUCCAACACGUCUAGCAUGAGGACGUGCACCACGGUGACAUUCCGUAGCAGCGGUAACCAGAGCGGGCGUGGCCACUCGCCCAACAUACAGUACGGCAAGGUGCACCGCAAUAACUCGCUUCGGGAACCUGUCUGGAAGGACCGACAUCAAACACGCUCCGCACAAUUCCUUUAG